AUGGCAGCGCUCCUCUGCCUCGUGUUGCUCAUGUACUUCACAAGUAUAUCUACUACCCAGACUACUGACUGUCUGCACUUAAGGGAACAAUGUAUAAAUGCUGCAAAUGGAUGUGAAAGUGUCUGGAAUGUGGUUGAAGAUGUCUGCAAUAUUUCAGUUCUAGGUAAUAGAUGCAAGGCAGAAGAUACUAUCGGAUGUAAUAGGAUCAUCCAGGCCCUGGCUGAAAAAUACCCAGAAUUUAAAAACUGCAUCUGCACUACAGAUAAUUUCUGUAGCAUCAUGACUUUUCUUGGGAAACAGUGCAGCUUUAAUAAAGAAUAUUUGGAAACUUCCUCAAGAUCAGAUACCGGACUGAGUUUCAGGCAACACAAAAACCCCACAGACCAAAGACACCCAGAAGAAUUAGAGAAUGACUGCAGUGUUGCAAAACAACGCUGUCAAGAGGACCCUUACUGCUCUGUAGUGUACAAGAGCUUCCAGAGAGCGUGCCAGGUGGGCAUGGCAAAAUGCAUGCUCCCAACGUUCAACCAAGUGUGCUUGUCAGCGUGGAAAGAAUUGAAGGAAACAGUUCUGGGAGAGUGCAAGUGCUCAGAGCCACUUCAGAUGAGAUGCAUUAAAACAUGGAAAGAAAUAUUUAACAACCCUUGUUUACAAUACUCUCAAGAAAGUCAAGCUUCAGCAACUAGUGAAGAUUAUGACAAUGAUAACGAUGAUGAUGAUGACAGUGACGACAAUGAUGAUGACGACAGUGACGAUGAAGAGGAGGAGACCUACACAGACAAUAUUAGUACAGAAACAAAAAUACAAUGGAGUUUAUCUACUCUCUCUAAAAAAUCAUACACAGCAAACAGAACCUGUCUGGAUGUGAACAAGGAGUGUGUUGAAGAUGAAGUUUGUAAUAAACAAUUGUCCCUGUACCUUAAGAUUUGCUCAGUAAAUAAGAAGUGCAACAUGGAAGAAUGUCAAGGAGCCAUAAGGUUCUUCUAUCAAAAUAUGCCUCUUGAGGUUGCCCAAAUGAUGACGUUUUGUGAUUGUAUCCAUCUUGAUGAAUCCUGCCACAGAGCCAAAGAACUUCUUCACGGCAAGCCCUGUGCUGUUACCACAGUUCCACCCCCAUCAUGUCUGAAUGUAAUUCACAUGUGUGAAGAGAAUGAAUUGUGCAGGAAAAAAUACACAACUUUUCGGUCAAAAUGUUGGAGACAUGUGACCAAAAAAUGCUAUGGUGAUGAAGCCUGUCUUGAAACUUUGAUCAAAGGUGACAUGCCCUGUUCUGCAAACCCUGAGUGCAAAGCAGCCUAUAUUAGCAACUGGGGCACGAUGCUGCGCGUGGAGUGUACCUGUCAGAAUUUACUUCCUGCAGAGCAGGCUUUGUGCAAGCUCUUCCAUCACAUGCUUCACAGCAAAUCCUGCUUCAGCAACUUACGUCAGAUUGCCAUUAAGAAGAAAGGUUUUCACUGGGUAAGCACAGAAAUGCCAGGAGAAAAGCUUUCCAGAGCACAGUUCCAUUCUUCUUCAAUCAAUGGUGAAGCAGUAUACAUUAUUGCCUAUUCCUCCUGCAUAGUUCUCAUCCUAGGAAUAGUCCUGCUGACUCUCCUAAAGAUCAGAGCCUGCAGAACAAAACAUGAGUCAAGAAGUCCCUCAGCAGACCAUUCUUCUGAAACAUUUAUGGUCCAUUAUAAAAGUCACAGAUGA